AUGAUCUUGACCAAAACCAAGGGCCUGGCCAUGGUGUACUACAUCACGAACUACGCCACCAAACUGGAUACGCCGAUGUGGAAACGCAUUGCUCUUGCCGCCGAGGUUGCCCGCCAACUUCGCGAAGCCGGUCGUCCGACGUCUCGCGCACCAGAUCCCACCCUGCCCGACGACAGGCAGCAGGCAGUAUUGAAUGAAAGCCGUCAAUUCCUGAUGAGAACGGCAAAUCGGAUCUUCUCCGAGCGACAACUCUCGGCCGUAGAGGUCUGUUACCAUCUCCUUGGAUAUGACACCGACUUUACCAACGUGCCGCAUUGGUCUUUCCUGAACCUGACGGCGCUCUAUUGGGCAAUCUUUCGGCUAUGGGCACAUCUCCGCCAUCAGGCCGGCGAGCUGACGGACGCUGAACAGCCCCGGAGACAAUCCGUCUGA